AUGACAGGACUGUUGAAGAAACAAGGCAUCAUCCACAAGGUGGCAACAGCUUACCAUUCCCAGACCAAUGGGCAAGCCAAGGUGUCAAACAAGGAGAUUAAGCCCAUAUUAGAGAAGAUUGUGAAGCCUCACAGGAAGGACUGGAGUGCUUUGCUGGCAGAUGCACUUUGGACUUAUAGGACUGCAUACAAGACACCUAUCGAAAUGAGUCCAUUCCGCCUCGUCUAUGGGAAGACUUGUCAUCUUUCAGUGGAGGUGGAACACAAGGCAUACUGGGUGGUGAAGGAAUGCAACUUUAGAUUGGAGAGAGCCGACAUUGAAAGGAAGCUGCAACUACAGGAAUUAUAG